AUGUCAUCAACCUCAUCAACAACGUCGACGUCCACGCCUGCCGCAGAUAUGAUUCAAGCAAUGGUUGCAGCGUUCAGAAUUGCAUUGAUGACGUCGAAUACACUUUCAUCGUCCUCCAGUAAUAAAUCUCAAGUUAAAUUCCCUGCACCAGAAAAGUUUGUUCCAGGGGAACCAUUCACAUUGUGGGAGGAUCAGUGCCGUCGCUACAUACAGCAAUUUGAUGAAGAACAAAGAGCUAGUGCUAUCAUUUGUUUAUUGUUGAUACCUGCGUUGAAACGCCUCAAGCUAGCUGGCGUUGACACAGAACAGACGAUGGGAGUGGAGUAA